AUGAAUAGUCCCGAGGUGCCCUCCAUAGAGCUUAGAGGCGCUCUGGACGCUGGAUGGAGGGCGCCCUCCAUGGAGCUUGGAGGCGCUCUCAGGUGGAUAAGCAGCGAAGAUGGAGGAGUUUAUCGACGUUGCGAUUUCGACGGGGUUGGAGACGCCCUCCAUGCAGUUGAAGACACCCUCAACAGGCUGUUUAAGCUUGAAACUCCUUUUCCAGGUUCAUAUGGGGAGGUUUAUCGUGCAGACUGGAAUGGCACUGAGGUUGCAGUGAAGAAGUUGUUGGAUCAGGAUCUUUGUGGCGAUGCAUUAGAGCAAUUCAGAUAUGAAGUUAAAAUCAUGUCAAGGUUACGACAUCCAAAUGUUGUUCUUUUCAUGGGCGCAGUGACUCGCCCCCCAAAUUUGUCAAUACUGACAGAGUUUCUUCCCAGGGGAAGUUUAUAUAGGUUGCUGCAUCGUCCUAAUUCUCAACUGGAUGAAAAAAGACGGCUAAAGAUGGCUUUGGAUGUGGCCAAAGGGAUGAACUACUUGCAUAGUAGCCAUCCUACUAUUGUGCACAGAGAUCUCAAGUCUCCUAAUCUUCUUGUUGAUAAGAACUGGGUUGUCAAGGCUUGUGAUUUUGGCUUGUCAAGAUUGAAGCAUCAUACCUUCUUGUCAUCAAAUUCAACAUCUGGAACGCCGGAAUGGAUGGCACCAGAGGUCUUACGGAAUGAACCAUCAAAUGAGAAAUGUGAUGUUUACAGCUUUGGUGUCAUCUUAUGGGAAUUAGCAACCCUACGGAAGCCAUGGAGUGGAAUGAACUCGAUGCAAGUAGUUGGUGCUGUGGGAUUCCAAAAUAGGCGUCUUGAGAUACCUAAUGAUAUUGAUCCAGUGGUUGCACAGAUAAUUACUGAUUGUUGGGAAAGUGAUCCAAAUAAGCGCCCGUCUUUUUCACGACUUCUGUCACCUCUCAAGCAGGUGCAGAAGUUGGUUGUUUCAAACUGAGGCUUGUACAGAGGGCAAACCAUCUUACAUUGUGUCCACGCUGGAGCUGCAAGGGCGCAAUACUAGCUGCAAAGUGCACUUGUUCAUGGGCUGUAGGCUCAAAUCUGUUCAAAGUUGAAAAUUUUUUCGAGGUUUGGAACCAAAAGGUUCUUUCGAGGCAUGCUUUGUCAUCCUGAAGCUGUGCGAAGUGCAGCUCAAGAGUUAAAGAUUGCUACAUUUGAAACUCUCAUACUAACAAAAGUGCUCAAGUAUAGCACCACAGCACAUAGUCUGCCAUUUUGUUUCGGAUUCACACAAGUCGAAUCCGAAACCAACUCAAAAUUGUACACAUCUGCUUAAGUUGUAACUAUUUCUGCUCUAGAAAACAAACAAAAACAAAAAAAAGAGGACGAUACAGGAAAGAAAAAGGAUUCACUAAGGCACAUCCUGUUUUUACAUCCUCAAUAAAUAAAAUGUUUGCUUCUCCUCUUAGGGGAUA